UUGGAAGGCAGCAGAAGGUCAUUUUGAGGUCUCCCAUCAUCCAAAUAGUUGUCAACAUGGCGUGACUGUAAGGAGACUACUGGCAAUCCAUUCUGGGCGAGUUGUUUUGCACAGUGGCAAUGGACGAAAUUGCUGAUGGUACUCCCAUGAUCCCCUGGGGCCAGCUUGUUCCGAAAACCCUCAGCUACCCCACCAGAACAAUCCAGGACUGGGAGGGGUAUUGUCAAAGUGCUUUGUCCCAGUGACAGGGGUGUGGAGUGGACAAAGGACAGUCCCUGUACUAGGCAUGGUAUAAAUGGGUUAUCUCCAGGGCGCAACAAACAGUUUACUGUAGAUCAUGGCAUUACGGAGCCCAUUUUUUUCACUGCUGCUAAUGCUGCUGGGUCUGGUGCUGGACAGAGCCUCCACCUAUGCAUUCAACCCCAGUCGUCUUCAACAGCACAAAGUCCUCCAUCUCGACUGGCCAAAGGACUGUGGCCUGGCUCAUUUUAAACCAAAUACAGUGGAGCGUAUUGUGUCAGGCAACGAGGCAAGACCACAUUCCUGGCCAUGGCAGGUCUCACUGCAGGUUCGUCCCAGAGGCAGUAAACAUUAUGUUCACGUGUGUGGAGGAACUCUGAUCCACAAGAACUGGGUUCUUACUGCUGCACAUUGCUUCCAAAAAGGCAAAGCAGAGGAUGCUAGCAGCUGGCGCAUCGUUUUGGGUAAGCAUCAGCUGAAAAGAGCGGAGUCAGCUGAGCGUAAUUUUCCCGUGAAGAGGAUCUACAGGCACGAGCACUUUCGUUAUCCAGCCCACAGUGAGCUGGACUAUGACAUUGCAUUGGUCAAAGCUGGCACAGAUAUCCAGACCAGUAAUUUCAUCCGAUACGCCUGCCUGCCGCGCAAGCAGACCAACCUUAAACCAGGGCACUACUGCUGGGUGACUGGCUGGGGAGACACACGAGGUGGAAAAGAAAACGUGUCACUUGCUGAGACACUGAACCAAGCUCGGCUCCCAGUCAUUGACUACAAGACCUGCCGUCAGAAGAAGUUCUGGGGUGACCGUGUGAGAGACUCCAUGAUCUGCGCCGGGUUCCGUGACACAGAAGGAACCCCAGCCGCCUGUCAGGGUGAUUCUGGUGGCCCUCUGCUGUGUCAGGUGGGGCGUGACCACUGGGAGGUUCAUGGCAUUGUGAGCUUUGGUCCCAUUGGAUGCACAGUGGAGAACAAGCCCAGUGUUUUCACCCGCACUGCAGCCUACAUCCCAUGGAUAGAGGCCACUCGCAUCAGAGACUUCUUCCUGCACUGAUUAACCAUCUUUAAGAAUUCUUUACCCACAUCUGCGGGCACAGGAAGCAUUGUGAUAACAGCUUUAGCUGGGUCUGGCCUUUGGACUUGGUCAGCCAGUUGUGGUCCAUGUACUGAGAGCUGGUGUACAACAUAGCCACCAGCCACCAAAGUUAGGGUAGUUUGCACUGCUUUGAGGGUCGUUUCUCCACUAUGCAUGUGAGAUUCUUCUGGGCUUCGCUGUUGUUCAUAACUGUAAAGUUUUUAACUGCUUUCAGCUAGCCAAGCAACAUUUUCUGUAAAACUAGAUCUGCAAGAGUCCUGGCUAUUGUACAUUAAACUAAUGACGCAAAUUUUUCUGAAAGGACUGGCAUGUACUUUCGCCUUCUCUCUAGGGCAGUCCAGUGAACAGUCCUUAAGGUGCUUUGAUGGUCAGUUUCAAGUAUUGAGAGAAAUAUCUCGUCCCUUUGACACGAUGGUUUUAAUGGUUUUCACUGAACAGAGAGCAAGUAAUUUCCACACAUAUUUAUCAGCAAAUGCAGGGUAUUUCCCAAGAUAAUGUCCCUAAAAAGGACUAAAUUCCAAACAUGCAAAUUUUGUCAUCAUUCACUCAUCCUCAUUUUAUUCUAAACCUGUAUGACUUUAUGUCUUCCUUGAAAUACAAAAGAUGUUAUACAGGAUAACAGACUCAGUCACCAUUCACUUUCAUUGCAUCUUUUUUUUCCCACAGCGAAUGUGAAUGGUGACUGGGGCAGUCAUUCUGGACAUCUUUUUUGUUCCACAGAAGAAAGUAAGUCAUAUAGGUUUGGAAUGACAUGAGGGUGAGUUAAUGAUGACAGAAUUUUCAUUUUUAAGUGAACAAACCCCUUAAUAAUUGUGAGUAUCUGGGGUAGUGGUGUAAUACUGCUUGGAUCAUAAUAAAUAUGAAUAUAAAUAUUACUAUUAUUUAAUAGAACAAAUAAUAGAAUAAAUAAUAGUUAUUCUGGUUGAGAAAUACUGACUCUAAAAUCUUAAAAUACUUUCACUCAAAAUAUUAUGUGGAGUAUCAAAUAUAACUAAAAGUAGCUGAAUGAAUGACAUUUAUUGUGCAGUAAUAUGGUAAUUAUCACUCAUCUGUACUCUGUACAUUGACUGUCUAACCUGCAUACAAAUAAACCAUUUGUAAACAAUGUCUGUCGAUUCAUUUUUA